GUGGAUAUAUCCAAAGUACCGGGUUUUCGAGUUGGACUCGAAUUGCAAGCGCUUUCGAAGUUACAUCACGAAAAUAUUGUUGAAUUCUAUGAGGAGUUUCGGGAAAAUGGCGCACAGUUUAUUGUAAUGGAAUAUUGUAAAUAUGGUUCAUUAAGAGAUUAUGUGAAGAAAAAUGGAAGAUUGUCGGAUCAGUGUGCAGCAUUCAUAUUACGUCAAUUGGUGAAUGCCGUAAAGCACAUUCACUCGAGUGGAAUGAUGCAUCGAGAUUUAUCAUCUGGCAACGUGCUCAUAUCCUACAUGCAUAAUACAAAAUUCCGUGUGAAACUGGCCGAUUUUGGUCUAGCAACACUUUUGCGUCAAGGUGAUGUUACUGGUACGAUCGUUGGUACGCCUGGAUACAUAGCUCCUCAAGUGUACGGCCGAAGUUAUAAUCAAAAAGCGGAUGUGUUUUCGUUGGGUGGAAUUGUGUAUUUGAUGUUGAUGGGGAAGGAUCCUCCUCGCGAGCCGAACGUUGAACACUUGAAUCUGGACGGUUGUUCUGAAGAGGGCGCUGAAUUGAUUCGGCAAAUGAUGCAUCCCGACGAAACGAAACGAAUCACUUUGCAAGAUAUUCGAAUGAGUGCAUUCUCACGUAUCGCUGAUCAAUUUGAUGUUAGCGGUGGGAAUUCGUUCCGAGAUGGAUCGCGUGAGCAGAUACGUCGUAGUUCACGAGAGUACUAUCAGCUGAGUUAUGCACAACCAGUUCGUGUAAGAGCGCAGUCUGCACAACCUCGUAUGACAUCGAAUACGACCCGAAUGAAUAAAGAAUCUGGCUUUGAGAGUGGUGGUACCGACUUUAAUAAUAUUCGCCGACCAUCCUCGGAGAAUAUCUGUCGACACAGUUUAUACGACGGAAGUGUGUGUCGUAGAUGUGGUAUGCGACGUUCCAUAGAGAGGCCGUUGGAACGAAGAAUUUUGAGUAAUUACGGGGUUGUCGCUGCUGGUGCGAAUCGUGAAGGACGAGGCUCACAGAGAAGCGGACGUUGUGCAGAAAGACGCCAAAUGGAAUCGAGACGUGAUACUAUCAGAACAACAAUGGGGAGUGGUGUGAGUACGACAAAUGCUGCAUUGAAGACAUGGCCGUUAGAUAUUUCGCGGCUGGCACCCAAUAAAUUGAUCAUUGGUGCGGGACGGUUUUUCUUCAAUGUUGAUGGUACGAUAGUGUACGAAGUGGCUGGUAGACAUCGUUCGAUGAGUCGGGAUAACACUCAUCGUGCUAAAAAUGUGGGUGGAAGUAUAGAUCACUGGGUUGUGGCCGUUGUUGUUGUCAACACAAAAGCGACUGAUUCUCGGUCGUAUCAGCAAGUGUCUGUGAACAGUUGUCAUAAUGAUAGGAUACCGUUCCCGCAUCCGAAUGAUCCGCCCAUACACCUUGAUCAGUUUUAUGCGAGAACUUAUACAAGUUUCGAAGAGCUCAAAUUGGACACAUCUCAUCUGCGAUUCUAUCGUCAAAUCGUGGAAGCAAUGAGACGAUUGGGUGGUCGAGUUGAAAAGAUUGUUUUCAAGCCAUCAGCAAACUGUACGGCAAGACUGAUGGAGAACGGUGAUUUUAGGAUGAAAUUCAGCGACGGUCGCUUAGCAGUGCAAAAGCAAGGCAAUGGGUCAGUGUCGGUGUCGAGUGAUGCCUCAUCGAAGGCAAUACUUUCGACAGGUAAAUUNCAGUGCAAAAGCAAGGCAAUGGAUGAGAUGAACAGAUUCAAUGAAUCGCGGUCAGAUGCGCUUGAAAUGGAACGAAUCCUUGAGAAGGGCAUUUUUUUGAACUUCAAGCCGUUCCCGUUUCAUUUCUCCAACACUAGUUUAUUCACAACGAGUGUUAAUACGAGUGUGCCUAACAACCAACGGUUCGUGUCUAAAGAAGAUGAACGACGAGAUGACCAAGGUGCUUCUGAGAGGCGACUGGCUGCAUCAUCGGAUUUAUUGAAGCCAAGAAUGUUACGCGAAGGUGAAUAUAAACUGAGGGCACAACGCGAUGCUCAAGGCAAACAAAUUAUAUCGAGUAUUACAACGGUUAAUUCAGAGCCAGUUCGUUCUGUACGUAUUUCAACAACAUCACCGAAUAUUUUCAUAUACGAAGUUGCUGGACAACCAAAUUCGACAUUAAGAUUUCGAUUCAACGGUGUUGACUUCUCGAAAAUUCCUCAUUCGGCUCGCAGUUUACUCUAUACACUCUAUCGGAAACGACAAGAAUAUGCAUAG